CCCCCCCCCCCCCUUCCGGCGCGAUGCGGUGCUGGGCAAGAAGUUGGUGCCGUCAUAUUGCAGCACACCUCACCACCACUCGCACAUCAACCUCACGGCGUCUCCCAACGUUUCUGCGGAAGGACACACGCGCCCCGGAAGCAUGACAUUAAUGUCAGUUUGGGCCGUGUUGGCCAUUGUGGUUACCACGGAAGCAAGUGUUGGCCCGAGCACCAGUGGCAGCUUUUGCACUGAGACAAAGGAAUGCCUGGACUUUGAGGCGGUCUGCAAAACCGAUGAAUAUGAAGUCCGACACUACAGCCCCACCCGCUGGGUGUCAACAGACGCCGAGGCCUAUUUCAUGGGUGUGGGUGCUGCCAUGGCAUUCAGGAGACUUUUUCAGUACAUCACCGGCGCCAAUGAAGCAGGCAUCCAGAUGGAGAUGACCGCUCCCGUGUUGGUUAAAAUCCCGGAGGAGACAAAAAUGUGGGAGCUGGCCGUUUACACGCUUCACUUCCUGCUGCCGCAAGCGUACCAAGACAAGCCGCCCGCACCCACCAAUGACAAAUUGUAUUUCACCGAGAUGCCCGAGAUGGACGUCUACGUGCGCAGCUAUGGAGGUUGGAUGUUAUCGGUGACGUCCAGGCUUCAUGCGCACCUGCUGACCACAGAGCUGGAGAGAGUGCGGGCGCCCUACAACCACACCUACCACUACGGCGUCGGCUACGACAGUCCCUUCAAGCUUCUCAACAGGCACAACGAGGUGUGGUACGUGGCUGAGGGGCCGCCUGUGUGCUCAGAUCCACAGGAGCCCACUCCCGCUCACACCCCCAAGAUGACACCCAGCCCUCCCGCCAAUCUCUCUUCGGAUCCCCUCGCAGUCUCCGCCUCCCUCACAGCCACCAACCUGACGUCAUCCAACACCUCGGACACGCCGGCUGACGCAUCCACCGACAUGCCGCCGAGCCCCUCUUCUUCUCGCCUCUGGGUUAACCUGAGCUCCACCCCCACCUCGGUUAAAGUCCCGACAGACGUGGCGCCCAACACCACCUGGUCCGCCUCCACGGCCCUCUCGCUGGAACCUCAGGGGGAGAUCGCCAUGGGGAACAGCACCGAGCCCCAACAAGAUAGCGUCUAAGUGGAGGCGUGCUGUUUCACUACGACACCCAUGUUAGCUCAUUGUGCUGCACUAGCCACAGAAAACUGCAUCGGUGUUGGUAUUAGCUGCUGAGUUAUGCUCAGACUGCCGCUAAAAUUGGCAUUGUAUAAUUCAGUGUUUCUCAACCUUAUUUGGAAAUGAGGCACAUAUGUAUUUUAACGGGGAAAAAAAUCCGAUACUCCUGGACUGACCUAUUCACAGGUUUUGUUUUGAUGCCCGGCCGGCCUCCAUUCGUCAUUGUUUUUGUGCUUGGGCUAAAACAUAAUAAUUGUGCUUUGGCUCCAUCUACUUUGAUGCAGAGGAACUACAGUAUUAUUAAGUAGAACAGCGCUAUAUAGUCCUUUGCCGCCACCUUGUGUCUGCUUAGUUGAGCACAAAACUACUGUGAUGGUCCUGUUGCACAUGAAGAAAGAGCAUUCAUUUUGCCCCGCAGAUGGAUGAACUAAGAUACUUUAUUUGUCACAAAGGAAUCAUUUUUGGACCAAUUGGAUACUUUCCCGUGGCACUGAGAAUCACUGGUAUGAUCAAGCUUUGAUAAUUUUGAUUCUAUCCACCACAUGUACGACCAUGUAUAGUAAGGCGUUUUUAGCUGAAAAAAACGACCACGUAUAGUAACAUACUCAUGUUGUCGUUCAUUGUAACUUUUGCGCAUUAACGCAUGCUGGCGCUUGGAUAGCUUUGUUGAAUUGUGUGAACACAUUUUAGGAGCCAAAGUACUGUUACAUUACAAUUAAAACGAAUGAAAGUGAAGUUAAAAGGAUUAUGACAUAAAUAUGCUUCUUCUGGAGCUUCGUCUUUAAUAUUGUGAAUUGAACCCGUGUAGAGCAUGCAGUCUCCACACUUCGCCGAAAGAUAGUGACGGGAUUUUCGGCUCUUUUCGGUGGUGCACUUCAUUUGGAUCAGACGGCUGUUUUUGGCUCUAAAACGGUUCUUUUAACUUGAGCUUUUCUUUUAAAUAUUAAUGACAAAUUUAGCAUACGUUUUGAUAAAUGACUCUGUGGACUAAAUAUUGCACUCUACUGACUGCAAAUAGCAACAAUUAUCAAGCAAAGAAAUGGCUUUUUACUUAUUUUACUGAACAUUAU